AAAGGGACCGGUAAAGAAAAGACAUGCAUUUACAGCUAGUCUGCUCUCUGACCUCUAAGCAAUUUCUGAACUUGGUUUCUUUUUUAUUUCUAGGGACACAGGGAGUAUGAGGCUCUGGACCUGGGGCACUAGUAUCUUCCUAAGGCUUUGGGGGAUAUAUGUGUUUCCAGGAAGUACUGGCUGGCUGGACUUGAUCCAGCAUCUGGGAGUUUGCUGCUUUGUGGCUUUCCUCUCCGUGAGCCUCCUGUCAGCAGCCUGCUACUGGGUCCUCCCAUCAGCCGCCUCAAUCGCCGUGCUCUCCACUGUCUGGACGAUCAUCUGUGUUUUUCUGUGCGGCUCCAAGCAUGCGCGGUGCUUCAUUCCUCUGGCCUUCCUCUCCUGCGGCCUCCGCGAAGGCAGAAACGCUUUGAUUGCGGCAGGCACCGGGGUGGUGAUCUUCGGACACGUGGAAAAUAUGUUUCAUAACUUCAGAGGUCUCCUAGACAGCAUGACUUGCAACCUAAGGGCCAAGAGCUUUUCAAUACAUUUUCCACUUUUAACACGAUAUAGUGAAGCCCUUCGGUGGAUUUAUGGCCUCGCCACUCCGCUGAACCUGUUUGAUGACCUCGUUUCUUGGAACCAGACUCUAGUGGUCUCCCUUUUCAGUCCCAGCCGUACCCUGGAGGCUCAUAUCAAUGACACUAAAGGAGAAGUCCUGGGUGCCCUGUCCCAUAUGGUAGUCACGACAGAGCUUCUGUCUUCCUUAGGCCAGAAGCUUCUUGCCCUCACCGGGCUUCUGCUCAUUCUAGUCAGCACUGGCCUCUUCAUGAAGCGAUUCCUGGGUCCUUGUGGCUGGAAGUAUGAGAACAUCUAUAUCACCAGAGGAUUUGUUCAGUUUGAUGAAAAGGAGAGGAACCAACAGCGGCCCUGUGUCCUCCCUCUGAACAAGAAGGAAAGGAAGAACUACAUCAUCAUCCCAUCUCUGCAGCUGACUCCCAAAGACAGGAAAAAACUGGGGCUGUUUUUCCUUCCCAUCCUGACCCACCUCUACAUGUGGGUGCUGUUCGCAGCUGUGGAUUAUCUGCUGUACCGACUCAUUUCCUCUGUGAGCAAGCAGUUCCAAAGCUUGCCAGGGCUUGAAGUUCACUUGAAACUGCACCGAGAGAGGCAAGGAACUCAAGACAUCAUCCAUGAUUCUUCCUUUAAUAUAUCUAUGUUUGAAGCCAGCUGCAUCCCUAAACCUCGGCUCAGUGUGUCUGAGACGUGGCUUCCUCUCAGCAUUAUUCUAGUAACACUAAUAGUCCUAGGACUGUUGUCUUCCAUGCUGAUGCAGCUUAAAAUUCUGGUGUCAGGAUCCUUCUACCCUGGAGUGGAGAGGGAGCGCAUCCAAUACCUCCAUGCAAAGCUCCUUAAGAAAAGAUCAAAGCAGCCACUGGGAGAAGCCGAAAGGAAACUGAGUCUGUACUUUAAGAAGAUUCAUUUCUGGCUUCCCAUCUUGACAGUGAUUAGGAAGAAACAUAUGAACACUUCAGAUGAAGAUGACCCUUGAGAAACAUGGAGUCCCUCUUCCUGGGUCAGAUGCUGCAGCUCAAUGUCUGCUCAACAAUAGAGUACUACAUGAGGUGUUGGAGUUUACAGGGCCCCUUUCCUCUCUGGUUAUUUUUUAAGCUACUUGUCCAUCAUAAUGCCAAAUGGCUCCCAGAUCAAUGGUUUUUCAGUCUGUCUUCCAAACUAAACCCAGUAUCUAGACUGUACCACAGCUGAAGCGACUGUGACGGCUGAAAUGGAAGUGUCCUCCAGAGGUUCGGGUGUUUGAAGACUUAGUCCUCCAUUGACGGUGCUGUUUGGGGGAGGCUUAAGAGAUGUGGCCUGGGGGAUAAAGUGUGUCACUGGAGGAGAGCGUUGCAGUUUUAUAAGCUAUGCAUCAAUUCCUGUUCACUCUCGGCUUCCUGCUUGUGGCUGGAGAUGUGAGCUCUCAGCUGGUCCUGCCUUCGUGUGUGCCCUUCACAAUUCCCCACUGUGACGGUGAUGGAGCCGUAUCUCUCUGGAACCUUAAGUCCAAAUAAACCCU